UGGUGUUCCACGGAGCUUGGAAGUUGCACACUGGGCUGUUAGAUUGCGCGCUGUGCACGCGCUCGAUCUCCGCGCGCUCCUCCGUGCGCGUUCCUGAGCCCGAGCUCCAACUUUCCACCGCGGAGAAGCGGAAACUGCACAGCGCACCGCCGCAAACCCACCGCCGGGGAGCAGAGAUCGAGUAGGGGGCGGCAAUGCGCUCUGCACUGCGCGAAGCGAAAGCUAGUUGACAGCCAGAUUAUACAUUUAUAUACGUUAUAUAUAAAUAUACACAUACAGUCAGAAAGCGCAAGUGACCAACAACAAAACAGAAACGGAUGCAAGGGAGGAGGAACAUCAGGAGGAACAUCAGGAGGAACAUCGCGGAACCCAAGACCAGCAUCCAGUCCCGAUCAUUAGAAGAUCGAAAGGAAACAGGGGUGGGGAAGCAAUAUUUCCGGAAAGUGGUGUUCAUCCGUUCUGGAGUGACGAGGCCAAGCCAGGUGUCUUUGGUGUGAGGUGCUGAACUGGAGGGCGGGCAUUUGAUAAAACCCCUCCCACAAACUCUUUCCUUGCUGCCUCUGAGCCCCUCCCAUAGCCCUGUCUCCAUGGCGAUGAGCAGCGACCCUGGCUACGCAGGGCCAGAGCUGGACCCCGAUUCCUCCGAAUCCUCUACGUCCCCAACCCCACUUUCAGCCAAGAUGUCCGCCAUCACACUAACAGACCCCUCCACCAACGGGCUGAGAAAUGGGGCGGGACACAAGAGGGCUCCACCCCAACGGCCACACCUCUCCGGCAGGAAGAUGUCACUUCAGGAGAGAGGGACGUACCUGUCGGCAGGAGGCGCAUCCGAGCGCAUCUCUCACAUUUCACCACGCGCUGCACGAAGGCCAACCAUCGAGUCCAAGCGGGUGUCCAUUUCAGACUCACAGGACUGUAUCCAGCUUAACCAGUACAAACUGAAGAGUGAAAUAGGAAAGGGUUCUUAUGGAGUGGUCAAACUGGCCUACAAUGAGGAUGAUGAAAAGUAUUAUGCAAUGAAAGUGGUAUCUAAGAAGAAGCUGAUGAAGCAGUGUGGAUUUCCACGUCGUCCUCCUCCUCGAGGCCCUAAAGCAGCUAUAGGAGAGCAGCCAAAAGUGCUUGGGCCUCUCGAAAGAGUUUACCAGGAGAUCGCCAUCCUAAAAAAGCUAGAUCAUGUGAACAUAGUCAAACUGGUGGAGGUUCUGGAUGACCCAGCCGAGGACAAUCUGCACAUGGUGUUUGAGCUAAUGCCGAAAGGCCCAGUGAUGGAGGUGCCUACAGAGAACCCUUUAAAUGAGGAGCAAGCACGUCUCUACUUCAGAGAUAUUGUCCUGGGCAUCGAGUACUUGCACUAUCAGAAGAUCGUCCACCGGGAUAUCAAGCCGUCAAAUCUGUUGCUUGGAGAUGACGGCCACGUGAAGAUCGCUGAUUUCGGUGUUAGUAACCAGUUCGAGGGUAACGAUGCCAUGCUCUCCAGCACAGCAGGGACGCCGGCUUUCAUGGCCCCCGAGACUCUGUCUGACAACCGCAAGAGCUUCAGUGGAAAGGCUCUUGAUGUGUGGGCGAUGGGAGUGACCCUUUACUGCUUUGUAUUCGGGAAGUGUCCUUUUAUCGACGAGUACAUCCUGGCGCUGCAUAAUAAAAUCAGGAGCAAGACCGUGGAGUUCCCCGAGACGCCAACUAUCAGCGAGGACCUGAAAAAUCUGAUCCUCAAAAUGCUGGACAAGAACCCUGAUUCACGGAUAACCAUUCCGCAGAUUAAGUUGGACUCCUGGGUCACACAGGAUGGCACUGACCCGCUGCCUUUAGAAGAAGAACAUUGCACUGCGGUGGAGGUCACAGAAGAGGAGAUUCAAAACUCGGUCAAGUUCGUUCCCAGUCUGUCUGCUGUGAUCCUGGUGAAGGCCAUGUUGAGAAAACGCUCCUUUGGGAACCCUUUCGAGUGUCCUAGCAGGAGGGAAGAACGGUCCAUGUCUGCUCCAGGCAGCCUGCUCAUGGACUUGUGGCCGUUUCGUCCCUCUAUUAAACUCCACCCUUCUUUAAGAAAAGGCAGCAGUGGAGAAGCUGGACGGGAAGUGGAGCUCGAGGACCUGCACGAAGAUGAACCGCCCUCUUCUGACGAUCGCUCAUAAGCUUGUGCGCUUUAUCAGCCAUAAGCUCCACUCUUUACUUCUUCCUACGUUACACGCUGAAUUAAACCUUACUUUUCACAUCAACACAAUCGUCAUAAACUCUCCACAGUUUGCAAACGUUUCCGAUAUAUAUCCUGCUUUCUCAUUCUCUAAUGAUGUGUCUUAUUCCAAAGCCUUUUGACGCUGGCGGUUUGGCCGGAUCUACCUUGCUUUGCGAUUAACACGUCGACGCUGGACUCUUCUCCUCCGCUGUGCAAAGACACUCCUCCUGCCAACCACAGUCCUGUACAGAGAAAAUCUCUUGUAUAAAGAUAAGUCUGGGAUUUUAAGGAGCAUUCAAGAGCGUAUCAUAUCUUUUUAUUAAUUGGCUUUGCAGACAUUUUUUCUUUCCUCAUGCUCUCAACACGUUUUACCCUUCAUCAUUUAUGAAUGGAGAUUUUUUUUUUUGGAUGGCAAACCGAACAUUAUAACAUUGUUUAAACUAUGGAUGGACCGCCAGAAGCCUGGGAACUCAUUUAAAGCAACAUAGCUUCAUCGUCUCACUGGAAAAGUGGAAGAAGGGAAACAUUUUGUACAUAUGUAAUGUAAUUUCGAUGUUGUGCUGCCUUGUUCUGCUUUGCAUACUGUUAUAUUUAUUGGACACAUGGCCAGUUUUGGACUGCUUGCCAUUUUGGUACACACACAUGCACAAACCAAUUGAAGAUUGUGUUUUUUUUUAUUCAAGUGGGCAAAACUCAGUCACUAUGAGAGGGCUAUGAUUUUUUUUUUGUGCAAGCACACAUUUCAGAAUAGGGCUAACAUGCAAAUGUUAGAGGGCUCCUCAUUUGAAACACACACACACACACACACAAAUCACUACAAAUGAUCUGCAAAUGAGCUACAAAUCACUAGGACAUUGGAUGAUGGUAAAUGUUUCAAGUCUAAAUCGUUCAUUUAGACUGUAGUAACACAGACACCAUAUUGUGUGUCACAAUGUGCUAUUGUCUCCCUACAGGAGCAGAAUGUGUCAUCGUUUACCAGUCUCGCCACUUCGCAGCGGCUUAUUUGUCAGCGAGAGAUGCUGACAAGAGAACGCCCGACGGUUCGUCUGUCAUAAACGCAUACAUAAACACAAUCGCAAGUCAUUGAGUGUGUAGAAAGCAAGAAGACAGGAUCGUCUGAACGCUGUGAUUAGCAUUAAACCCGGAACGCCGCGUGUUAUUCAACAUUUACACCUUCCUUUUGUCCUGGAUUACAUCCAUACAAUGUUCACCCGGGUUCAGGGAGAUGAAAUUGGUUUAACAGGGAACUGCGGGCUGCUGAUAAUCAAACGUUUUUGAAUUGACCGACAUUUCAAUUGGAUUGAAGCAGUAAUUCGUGCUCUGAACAAAUACAUAUUGCAGUGAUGUCUUUUGAUAGUGGCAGUCAUAAGAACUGUUAAUUAAUCAGCUCACGUUUUCUCAACAUGAUUUGUUUAAUCGUAAACUGUUCGAUUUUCGCAUAAAUAAAAACGGUCUGUUAUUCGUAGUAAAUAUCAUCUAAAGCGGGACAUGUCGAGCUUUCAGCAGCCAGGGAUCGCUUCCAGAGUGAAGAUGGCAAUGCCUUAUCGGAUUAUUGAAAUAUUAGGCACAUCAAAGUAAUGUUUAGCCACAUAGAUUUUUUUUAAAUGCAGCUAUUAGAAACAGCACUUUACCUACACUUACAUUUCUGGGCAAAAAAAUGGUCAAAACCCAAAACAGCAAUAUGUAAUGAUAAAUUUUGUGACAUUAACUGUCACAGACAUGAAUCUAGGCAUGAGAAAACCAACACAAUGUGGUCCUUUAAUUAUUUAUUCUUCUGCAGGUGUAAAACAAUUUUAAUCAAGCUCAUAUAAUAAUAAUCAUAUAUUCACCAAACAGCACACUGAACCCUAGAGGCUUCCGGACUCCACCUUCAGGAUAUUAGAUGUAAAAGAAAACCUGCACAUUAUGCCUAAUUCCAUCUGGAUUUUUCUUUUUAUUUCAUGAUUUUGUAUUGACCAGCAUUGCUGUUUUAUGGACAGCUGUUAGAAUUUGUCUUUUGUAUUCGCCCACUGGAUGUUUAAAUACAGAGGCGUGAGUUCCCACAUUACCUUGGCUUUCUGAAUGAUGUAAUGACUCUCAUGUUCCCUAACAGAUGGUGUUUUCUCAUCGUUACCCAUUAGCCUGACUCUCUCUCUCUCUCUUUUUCUCUCUCUCUCUCUCUUUCCCUUUCUCUCUCUCUCGCUCUCUCUCUUUCUCUCUUUCUCUCUUUCUCUCUCUCUCUCUCUCUCUCUCUCUCUCUCUUUCUCUUUCUCUCUCUCUCUCUCUCUCUCUCUCUCUCUCUCUCUCUCUCUCGGACAAAUACCUUUAAUUUCCCUUUGUGUGUAAAUGGCCAUUUCUAUUGAUCAUCCCCUGUGUUUGGAGGAGAAAUGAAUGUAACACGUUUGUGUGUUUGUUGAUGUGUGAAGUGUAGCAUGCGCACACUUCCAUGUUGUUGUUUUUUUUUUUUUUUUGGAUGCACAAACAGAAGUGUACAGUGGUCACAAAUCUAUAAUCAAACACAGCAUGUGGGUUUCACAAACGUAAUGCACGUGUCCCCUUAAACGUUUACUAUGCACUUGUUUGUUGUUGUACGUUGUAUGCGUCACACAUGGCAUGUCCAGGACCUCAGUAUAACCUCUGAACUCGUUACAAAAGCCUCUACUAUCAGGUGCAGUAUAUUCAUAAACACAUUACGACUCAAGUAUCUUAUUUUACAACUUGUACGACUCAAGGAUAUUAAUAAAACCCCUUUAACACAUUCUAUUGUACACAUACAGUAUGAAUAGCUAACGUGUAUGUCUUGCUCUGAGGUUUAUUCUGUGUAUAUAGAUGCUUUAUAGUGGGGAAAAAAUGGACAGUGAGCUCUGCCGUGUGUUUUCUGUUCUAGUUCGGGUCAUUUAGUUGCAUUUGUGCAGUGCCUCAGUCACUUAUUACUCUCACACACACACACAUACAGAGACGUCGCAGUGGUUGUGACACCGCUAACUGUACAUUCUUAGCUUAGGAGUUCGAAAGAGAAAAAAGUGUGUAGUGCACGGAUUCUCCAUAGCUUACACUGUGAAACACUACGUCAUUUAAAAAAAACGUAAUUUAAAAAACACUACAUUUACUUUUAUUUAUAUUUUUGUUUUGAAUAAGAUUGUAUAGCACCUCGUCACUUUUUAUGUUAGCUAGACAAAGCCUGCAUUCCACUACUGGUUUAGACACAACCUGAUCGAUUUCCUUUUUAGCCCUGUGCAUAGUAUUGACCCUUGUGUGUAAUCACAAUCUUCAUGGAUCUUCUCUAAGAGAUGUGCACCUCUGUGUAAAGUCUGUAUAUUUCAAUUUGAGAUUAAUUCAUAUCAAUUGCAAAAACUAUAUAAUAAAUCUAGAAGUGAUGGACUGGAAACCAAGUGAUGGCUUAGAGGUCAAGUGAAAUAUAUCGGAGAACCAGUUGAGAUUAAUUCAAUUGAUUAGGGGGUCUCAACUGUCACACUGAGUCACGUCACUUACUUUUCCCCCACAUUCGCUCUUUGGUGACAUUGUCAAGAGUCAAGUGAUUGUGAGUGUAAGAGAAUAAAAGCAGGCUUUUAAGGUGGUCCUUGUGACUUAGUUACAAUUGCAGUAAUUGCUCGCUCAGCCUUGCGCUGAUUGAACGAUUGAAUGAGUAAAUAAAUUUAAUUGCGCAUUUUUUUUCUUCUAUUGAGGGGAGGUUCAUAAACAGCUCAUCAGUCCUUCUUUCAGCCUGACACAUUCAAAUGAUUUAUUGUUUGGAUUUAUACAAAUCAGCUGAUUGCCUGCAGAAGAAGCCUCCAUAUAAAACAGUGUGGAGGUAGUAGGUAGAUACGGUACUUAUUUUCUGCUUGGUCAAAAUUUAAAUGAGUAACAAAAGCCAUUUCUAUAUUUCCAUCUGUUGUGAUUGGUCUUCAUAAAUACUGAUCACUGAGAGGACACCUAUCCAUGUUCUCCGUGUGUUUUAUGUGAAUGUGGCUGGAAUUUCCUAUACAAUUUUAGGUCUGGGUAAAUCCAAAACUUUCCAUAAGAACCCUGCUAAUGUCGAGUCACCAAUAAUAGCAUGAUGAUGCACCAAUGUUGAUUCAAUCCUGGCACUCUGGCUAAUGUUUCCCCAGCACCAAUAUCCCAGUAUCAGUGUGGGAGCAGGUCAUUAUGAAACUUCAUGCCAUUAUUCUACUAACCAUUAGCAAGCUAGUUAGAAAAUGUGCUAAUUGACUGAUAGUUUUGCUGAUAUCGCUGUCAAUAACUAAAUUCUUUAUUUAAACAGAAAAAAGUUUUACUUUCGUUGUGCUUUUUAACAAGGGCUGAUUUUUCAUAUCCACUCAAAAUCCACUCACAUUAUGAACCUAAAUACACAGGGGUGUGUUGGAUACCGUGUUGGAUACAGUGUUGGAAUGCUGUGCAGGUCUUUUGGAUCCAAAGCUUUAAGGUUGUAAAUAUUUAUCGAUCCUUCUGUAUGCAUCUAAUUUUCCAAUUGAUUUCUGUCUAAACAAACUGCAGAUUCUCAUGUAGAAAUGUCUCAUUACUCUUCGCUUCAGUGACUUGUUGUCGUUCUCGGUUGUUACACGGAUGUCUGUAUUCUUGUGUAUUAACUUAUUAUAAUUUUUACGGGGGGAAAAAAACAGCAUGGCACAGUAAAAACUAUUGAAUGCAACUUGUUACCAUGUACAUAUGUACCAAAAUCUAUAAAGAGGCUAUUUUUUGCAUGCUUUUUGUACAUUUAGAAAAUUCAAAGACAAUAAAGAGCUUAAAACCAA